GAAUACUCCGUAUAAAUGUAGAUUUAAUUAAUACUGCAAUCGUAAAUUCGUGAUUCGUAAGCCAGCACACGAUUGAAGGCAUUUAAAUUAUUUGAACAUAUCCGUAAUGCGUACUUACUGUAGCUCGUGAAUCGUGCGUGAUAUGAGUAUUUGUUCUUCUUAUGUUGUAUGAAGUUGAACUUCUGCGUAAUAAGAGCGAAGCCCGCAGCUGUUGAUGUUUUGCAUUUUUGAACGCGCGAAACUUAUUGAUUUUUUAGUUUACUUACGAAGCUGAUUCUUUUCUUGUUUGAUCACUUUUGAAUUUUGAUUACCUAAAGGGGUGUCGUCGUAGUUCGAAGCUCUGCACAGAUCCUUAUUUUUUACGUAUGGUGCAGUCUUACUGCGGAUGUGCAAAAUGAUUACGACCCUGCACAGCACCGCUAAUGACGCCUUGUGUAUUGCAGUGGUUGUUUUGUUGUAGUACUGUUAGACACAAGACGCAUUUGAUUCACCACAAACUCAUCUGUUAAAUAAACAUGAUGACGGCAUCGACUACUAUCAACAACGGCGACUCUUUAAAUCUUUCUCGAGAUGUUCAACGGGCUAUCGAACUGCUGGAACGACUGAAACGAAACGGAAAUCUUCCGGUGCAAAAACUAACAGCUCUUCAGCGUGUUCUUCAGAGUGAAUUCUGCACAUCCGUGCGUGAAGUGUAUGAAUAUGUUUAUCAGACUGUGCAGGACACUGGCAGUCCGGAAGUUCGUGCAAAUGCGACAGCCAAAGCUACUGUGGCUGCUUUCGCUGCCAGCGAAGGCCACUCGCAUCCGAGAGUAGUGGAGCUGCCGAAAACCGACGAAGGACUAGGAUUUAACAUUAUGGGCGGAAAGGAGCAGAAUUCUCCCAUAUAUAUUUCACGUAUUAUUCCGGACGGCUUAGCCGAUCGACAUGGCGGUUUAAAACGCGGCGAUCAGCUGUUAUCAGUGAACGGCAUUAAUGUGGAGGGAGAAAACCACGAAAAGGCCGUAGAGUUAUUGAAAUCGGCCACCGGAAGUGUUAAACUUGUUGUGCGAUACAGUCCGAAACUUCUCGAAGAAAUAGAACUGCGUUUUGAUCAGCAGCGCAGCGCCCGCCGGCGUCAGCCGACAACACCCAGCGGUUAAAAACCUACCUAACCAAGCAUUUAAAAAUAAACUUGACCAUGAUAGUCACUGGUCAAAGUAUUUGCUGUACUUAUUAAAUAUUGGUGGGCUGUUUUUGCUCGUUUAUUGUUUGUUUCGUGAAAAUUGGUUUUUCUUUAAUUCUUUAUUUGUACUUCUAUACAAAAUUCUAUUUGCUUGUUGAUUUAGUAGAACUGUUGGUGGAUCUGCACUUUUACCACUGUAGCCGUGUACAAAAUUGAACUACAAACAUUUCUGUGCAAAAGGAAUUCAACAAUAAAACUAGAGCAACCAUUGCAA